AUGGCGCAACCAACGCAAAUCCGCAACCCCCGCCGUCUCCUCAUCCUCGCGCCCACCUCCCACUCGCCCUCCACCAUCCCCCCGUUCCUCCACGCCUUGACCGGCGCCCCCGUCGCCGCCGCCACCUUCGCCGGAUACACCACGCACCCGCCCCUCCGCCUCCAGAACAAAUACUACACCGCAGACGUGCCGAUAUGGGUCGACGAGAUCCCGCUCGACACAGACCACCGCUCUUCCCCUCCAGCUCCCCCGUCCACGACAACGCCCGCAGAAGAGAAAGCCGUCACCCCAACGCAAUGGCAAACCGAAUUCUCCAGCCCCGAAGCCCAGGUCGUCCGCGACGCCAUCGGCGCGCUGAUCAUCUGCGUGCGCAACCUCGACGCUCCUGCGCCUCCGCCCCCGUCCGAGGGAGAGGGUGAGAAUUCCGCUUCUGAGGAGGUCGACACACGCGCCGACGUCCGCGCGCUGAUCGAUUUCCUCCGCGCGGUGGGCGCCGUGCGCGCGCUGAUCGAGGACGAGCGCGGCGGCGUGGACGAAGUGCCUGCGGUGGUUGUGCUGGUGGGCCGGACCGAGACGCCUGCCGCCGCGACGACUACGGCGGAAGACGACAGUCCCGGGCUCGACGGCGAGACCCCGUUCUCGGUGCCCUGGUGGGAGGACCAGCUAUUUGAGAUGGGCAUGGUGGGGGUUGAGGUUGUGGCGUGGGAUCCGCACGCGGGGGAGGCGGAGACGCGGAAUCAGUUUGGAGAGUACCAGGGUAUGCGGCGGGUGCGCGAAGUCCUCGAGACGCAUCAGUGGGCGGCGGCGGAGUCGGAUGCGAAGAGCGACGACGGCGACGCCGACGAGCUUGAACGCGAGUUACUUGGGCUGGACGACGAGGCUGGGUUUGAUUGGGAGGUUGGGGAGCUGGAGCGGGAGAUGGUGGGUUUGCGGUUUGCUAUGGAGCGUGGGGAGGAGUUUGAGGGUGAUGACCAGGGAGAGGGAGACGGCGACGGCGACGAUGAGCGCCGCGUGGAGUCGGUCGAGGGUUUGCUCUUGCGGAUGCAGGCUAUCCGGGAUAUGAGCGACGAGCUGCCCGAGCAGGAGCGCAAACGCUUUGCCGCGAGGGCUGUACGAGAUAUCAUGAAGGAGUUAUAA